AUGUUAGAUGGGGGCGGCAUUCGUGGAUACUCGAGUCUUUUAAUUCUCAAGAACAUCAUGAUUGCCAUUCGAAGGAUUGAAACCUCCUACCCUGAAUACCCCGUGACUUCAAGUAUGUCUUAUCCUUGGAUGGAAGAUGAAGACCAAACCGUGAACCGGGCAAGUGAGGCAACGGGACGGGUUGAUGCCUUUCUCCCGUGUCACUACUUUGAUUAUUUGGCAGGGACAUCAACUGGAGGUCUUAGCAGUAUCAUGCUUGGAAGAUUGCGGUUGUCUGUCGACCAAGCACUCGACCAGUAUAAGGCCUUUGGGAAUGAGGUUUUUGGGAAGCCAAGACGGUGGCACGAGCGCUCACCGUUCUGGUAUCCUCGAGCUAAAUAUUCAAGCCGCAAAACAGGAGAGGCAUUCCAGAAUGUCGUGCUCGAAAGUCUUCAACAAGGCGAACAUGCAGCAGUAACCGAAUCCUUUGAAGACAGGGAAGAUCGGACAAGGACGAUGGUUAUAUCUUGGAGUCUCAAGAAGGGAAGUGUCGGUAGCUGCUAUAUUUGGAGAAGCUACCGGUUCAACCCCAAGCCCCGGGCCCAAGGGUCUAAUCGUUGGAUCCCUUGCAACCCUUGGGAUAAAUUUGUACCAAUCUGGCAGGUUGCUCGCGCCACAACUGCUGCGCCUCGAUAUUUUGAGUCAAUCAAGAUAGACGAGCGGAAAUUCUUGGAUGGAGGGAUGGUAGCCAAUAAUCCCUCGUUGGUCGCAUUGCGAGAAAUCCGUGGUCUUCACGAAACGGUGCCUUCUAUCUUCGUAAGUCUGGGGACAGGCCUAAAGCAAGCUCACGUGCAGAGCGAAUCCGCACGAAAUCGUACGUCAGGGGAUGUCAGAUCGGGUCUAAGACGCGCUUUGACAAUUGAUAACGCUCGGCGGAAGCAGUGGCUGAGGAAGUACUGGGAGAUUGGAAGUAACUUGAGUAAACAAAUGACAGAUUGUGAAGGACAAGAUGGGACGAAUGGAUGGAAUGGCCUUUCCGAUGAAAUUGGAUUGCGGAAACGGUAUCGCCUUAAUGUGGAAAACAACCUGGCGAACAUCUCGCUUGACGAGUGGCGGCCAGCGAAAUCUGGAGAGGAGACCCUUCGAUCGAUCCGAGAGCUGACCGAAUCUUACCUUUCUCAGCCAGCGACCAUCGAAAUGAUUGAGGAGAUUGCACGAGAGGUCGUCGGGAUUCGACGAGAUCGAGCAAUGACAGAGCGGUGGGAGUCAUUCGCAACGGAUGUGAGCUACGUCUGCCCUAUCUGUGAAUCGAGGGCACCGGAUGUGAAUCGACAGGCCCUCCGCGAACAUCUUGAGGAAAGCAACAGGCACAAUGGUGGGACGCAAAUGGCCGCCGAGGAGGUGGAAGCGAGGCUAAAUAGAGGACGCCACAAGAGAGGCCCAAGCCGAUCUGGAUCUGAUAAAGCAGCAAUAUAA